CUUCAUAAUUGAAGAAUCACAUUUCAUCUCAGUCGUUCUCCCCCUGCAAGAAUCCUGGAUAAUACAUUCGGGCAUCGACUACAGGCGCGGCAAUCAUUCUGGAGUAAACCCAUCAGCGUCCGGCUACAUCUUCUCGCACGAGACGCUGUCAACAUCUGAUCCUUUGUACCCGCCUCGCACUUUGAAGAGUAUUCACCAUGGGAGGGCAAUUGAGUAAAGCUCUUGGCAAGUUAUUUGGCAACAAGGAGAUGCGGAUCCUGAUGUUGGGGCUGGACGCCGCCGGAAAGACGACCAUUUUAUAUAAGCUUAAGCUCAACCAAAGCGUCACGACCAUCCCUACCGUCGGGUUCAACGUGGAAACAGUUACAUACCGAAACGUCAGAUUCAACGUCUGGGAUGUGGGAGGCCAAGACAAGAUCCGUCCGUUAUGGCGACAUUACUAUACUGGCACACAAGGUCUCAUCUUUGUGAUCGACUCUGGCGACAGGGACAGGAUUGAUGAAGCUCGACUGGAGCUGGAACGGAUUUUGGCGGACAGGGAGAUGAGAGAGUGUCUGUUGAUGGUAUUUGCGAAUAAACAGGAUUUACCUGGCGCCAUGUCACCAGCAGAGGUCACUGAAAAGCUUGGAUUACAUCGAAUGAAAGAUAGGUCGUGGUACGUCCACCCGAGUUGCGCAACGACUGGAGAAGGGUUGUUUGAAGGAUUGCAAUGGCUCUCGAGUAACGUCAAGAACCUCAAGGUCUAAAUCGCGAAUCCCUCAAACGUCCUCCCGCCUUUUUUUCCUCUAUCCUCCUCAACUUUCAUUCUUUGCUAUACCGGCCUUUGCACCUCAUACCUUUUGAUCAUCCGUUCCACAUAUUAUAGCGAGACGAAAAAUGACCCUCCAUACGCGAUUAGCUACAAAAAACGCAAACCCCGAACACAAACAUCUUACUCUCCCAAAUGCCGCUGCUACAGAAUGCGACUUAAUGCAAAACUCGCCCCAUGCCACAUUCCUGACUGUCAAUGUCGAAACUACGUUGACUUUUCCAAUGUCUUUACCUAGCAAAAGAAUAUACCCCUUUUUGGUGGAUAGGAUUUUUCCUUUUUCAAGCCGUUUAUUUUCAUCAAUUACUUUCCUCUUUACUCUUUUUGUCAUUUAUUUAGUUCGUUUGAUUUGUCUAUAUGUUUGACUCCUCAUCUUCUUUUCGUUUAUUCAUUCAUCUUUUUUUAUUUUAAAUGAUGCCUUAUGAAGGGUGACUGGAAUCUUAAUAUUAGCGCGAACGGGUGGAGGAACCGAGAUGCUCUUGAGGGGAUGCCGGGGUCUUAUGUUUGUUAUUCGGAAACCUUCUUUUAAAGGGGGGUGUGCUAAUGCAUACGAGUCAAAACAAAUACAAAGGCAAGAUGGACAAUGUCUU